AUGUUUCGAUUACUAUUGCUCGCGUGUUCGGCGCUGGUCGCUGUCGCGGCUCCCAGCACCGCCUGGUACGACCACGGCGCCGUCAUCUACCAAAUAUACCCGCGGAGCUUCAAAGAUAGCAACGGUGACGGCAUCGGUGACUUAAAUGGCAUCACCGAGAAAUUGGACCACCUGGCGGACCUCGGUGUCCAGGCUCUGUGGAUGUCCCCGAUCUUCACGAGUCCGCAAGUCGAUUACGGCUACGACAUCUCCAACUUCACCGACAUCGAUCCCGAUUACGGCACCUUGGCCGAUUUCGACCGUCUCGUAGCCAAGGCCAAGUCGCUCGGUCUCAAAGUGAUCCUGGACUUCGUGCCCAAUCACAGCUCCAACCAGCACCCGUGGUUCUUGAAGAGCAUAAAGAAGAUCAGCCCGUACACCGACUACUACGUCUGGCACGACCCCAAGAUCGUCAACGGAACCAGGUACCCGCCGAACAAUUGGAUAAGCAACUUCCAAAAUGGGGCCUGGGAAUGGAACGAGGAGCGUCAGCAGUACUACCUGCACCAGUUCGCGGUUGCUCAGCCAGACCUGAACUAUCGCAACGAAGUCUUGAAACAAGAGAUGAAGGACGUAUUGUCCUUCUGGAUGAAACGCGGAGUCGAUGGUUUCCGUAUCGACGCGAUCAAUCACCUGUUCGAGGAUCCUCUCUUCAGGGACGAACCGAAAGCGAACGUCACGGGAGUCCCCGAGAACGACUACGAGUACUUGGAUCACAUUUACACCAAGAACUACGACGAGGUGUACGACGUCCUCAAGAGCUGGAGAGUACUGAUGGACGAGUUCUCCACCAAAACCAACUCCGACUACAAGAUGAUCCUGACCGAAGCGUACGCUAAUCAUACAAUGACCAUCAAGUACUACGACGCUGGCUCCACGGUGCCCUUCAACUUCAUGUUCAUCAGCGACCUGAACAACCAGUCGACCGCGGCGGACUUCAAGACGUUCAUCGACAGGUGGGUCGACAGCGUGCCGCAGGGUAAGGUGUCUAACUGGGUGGUCGGUAAUCACGACAACCAUCGCGUGGCUUCGAGGUUCGGCACCCGACGAGCCGAUCAGAUCAACAUGCUGGCGAUGCUGCUCCCCGGAGUGUCCGUCAUUUACAACGGAGACGAAAUUGGAAUGGAAGACAGGUUUUUCACUUAUGAAGAGACCAUCGACCCGGCUGGAUGCAACUCCGGGCCCGACAGGUACACCCUGAGGUCGAGAGAUCCUGAAAGAACUCCUUUCCAAUGGGACAACACCACCAGCGCUGGAUUUUCUACCAGCAACGUCACCUGGUUGCCAGUGCACACCAAUUACAAAUGUUUGAAUCUCCAGGCAGAGAAACAGGCGAAGGAAUCCCAUUAUCACGUGUUCAAGGCUUUGUCCGCGCUGAAGAAGGUGCCCGCCAUUCGCCACAGCUAUCUGAAGGUGCUCGUGCUCGCGGACCAUGUUUUGAGCGUUGUUCGUCACAUUGGAUCCAGAGCUGCUGUUCUUCUUAUCAACUUUUCCGAUAAGCCUGUCACUGUUAAUGUAACCACCUCAUACGUAGUCGCUCCUGAGCUGUUGGUUUACACUUCCAGCGUUGGUUCUGGAGUGCUAGUGGGUUCCAGAGUGAAUCCAACUAAUGUGAAGCUACCUGGAGCCGCUUCGAUUCUGUACACUACACCUAACCUUCAUUAAUUUUGUUGAAUAAGUCAUGUAGAAUUGCGAUGAUAAAAUUUCCAGGUCGUUAUUAUUUGUACAUCAUGAACGCAUUGUUAAUUUAUAGCGAUCUCGCCAUGUACCAUUAUUAUUUAAAAAAGCUGUUAAUUACAUAUUGCAAUUUUUAUCGCGUUAUCGCGGUACUU